GGAGUUGACCGACACACGCCGACAGAGGAGUAACCCGACACACCGCUGAGACAACGCCAUCGUUUAUAUAUUUGCCUCGGGAGUGAAGUCACAGCCAUGUAUCUGAACAGGGAAGAGGACAACAGCAAAGGCUCAGUGUCCCUCAGUGUGUUCCUGGUCUCCCUCGCAGUGACAGUGUGUGCAGUUUGGCUGGUAGCUCUUUGUGGCGUCUGUGGUUGGUGUCAACGCAAGCUGGGGAAGAGGAAUAAGCCAGGAGUGGAAACAGCAGACACUCCAGACUCGGCACGUGGGCGAGGGGAGAAGAAAGCCAUCAAUGAUCUAGACAGAGACUUUUGGAAUAACAAUGACAGCAGCACAGUGCAGCAGAGGUGGAGCUCCUAUCCGCCCAAGGAGUUCGUACUAAACAUUUCUCCCUAUGCCCCAUAUGGAGAUCCUCGCCUCACACUCAAGUGAGUCUUGGUCCAAGGUUGGUAAGAGACUUCCCCCUCAGCAGGGCUGUAACGAGGCAGGGGCACUGCCAAUCUGCUUUCCCUUCCCCCCUCUCCUUGCAUUCCUCUCCUCUCCCCUCCAGACACCAUCCACGUUUUCUAGCCUUGCAGUCACCAACCACAAGCCGCUCAUCAAAUUGAACCAUCAGAUGUGGAUUUUAUAAUGCCUGACAGCUUAUUAAAUCCACCUAGUUUCCAUAAUCUCGAUUAUUUUUUUCUCCUCCCGAGGACCAAAUUUUCUCAUGAGUAACCGAGGAUUUUUAGCCGAGGGCCUUCUAAAAAAGCCCAUUCUAUAAAUGUCAUAGAAUCGCAGUCUGCACAAACUGCACAUUGUGAGACUUAUUAUUGCCACAUAAUGCGAUUUCCAUCAACAAUAGUAAUAACGACAACAAUAACAACCCACCCAAUGUUAGCACACUGGAGGGCAGGGGUGGUUACUAAUGAUUACUCAUAAUCUGCUUGGGAAAUGUGUAGUGUAGGAAAAUGUCAUACACGCACAUUAAAGUGUCUCCGCGGCGGCAGCAGCCCAUCAGACUAUUACUGCAGCGGCAAAGCGGCACAGCCCUGUGAUGACCUCGGGCUAAUUUUCUGCUGCGACUCCUCACAUCCUGUCACCUUUUAAUGAACACAAACACGCAUGUUCAGAUGCCCCCCUACUCCCUACAGCCCUGCCGGUCCCACUAACUUCUGACCUUUAACCCCUCACCUCUCUCCCAUGGGCUCUAACCAUGGAGACGGACAACCCUCGUAGCCCUUCUCUCCGAACGAUAUGUGCAUACUUUAACCCACCUUCUCUGUAAUCUGUGUAUCUCCCCCGUCUUUUGCUCGUGUGACCUGAAAAUCUGCCAGUUGUUGUUGUUGUUGUUGUUUUUCGUGGAGGGUUGACCGUGUUCACCUGUGAUUUACAUCCAUCUGUGGUUUUCUCUCUGAUCCCCAUCAACCCUAAUAUCUGAUGUGUGCUGCACUAACAUUGCAGCACUUGAACUGUGUCUACUGUCUUUCACGUUGGGAGAUAAGCUAACAGUGUUUUUCUACGUGAUGAAAUAAAAGUAAUUUUUUCACUCACUUGGCACUUGAAUCCAAUAAAGCGCGAGCAAGGUCAUACCUAUCUCCCUCCGGGCACCGAGAGGACUCUAAGCUUAGACAUCCUGCUGCCAGACACCUGUCUGAUAAACUGUCUAAUAACUGGUCAUCUUUAAUAGACCUAGCUGUUGAGGACUGUGUGUUAAAUUGCCUGGAGAGAGGAGGUGGCGGUGUGCUUAGGAAUGCGGUGGAUAUAUGGAUUAGUGUCUCUAAACUCUGCCUGAAGAUGAUGGCUGCUGAUCUCAGGAAACCAGCUUUAGACCCCAGUGCUUGUGUUUUGAGAAGUCCAUCUCUUUCCACCCCCCCACCCCAACCGCCCAAGAUUGUUAUUUUUUUUGCUGUUUUUCAGCAGUCUUUGCAAGCUUUUCAGUCUGGCCGGCAGUUAUAAAGAAGAAAAAAAAAAAAAAAACUUUUCACUGCCGUAAUGCUGAAAUGAAAUAAGACUAGGGGACGACCUCCCGACUCCAGCUGAUAAUAUGCCGUUAAAGCUAACAGAGAGCUGGGAAAUCAUUUCCUGUUUGAGAUUCUCUCGAGAUCAGCAGCUUUCAAUCUCUGUAAUGACGCUGGGCCUCAUUUAUCAAACAGGUUACCUUCCCUGCACGAUCAAUCUCCAUGUUUAAGCAUUUAUUGGACGGGGGGUUCAAUACUAUAAUAUUUCAAUAUUGAACCUGCUAGUUAUUUAAUGUCAACAACUGUCAUGACACAAUCUUGACAAACUGACAUCAGCCAUUUUUCAAAUUUUGGCAUCAAGUUUGUGAGAAUUAGAUUUUUUGCACAUUACACUUGUGAGUUUAUUUCUUUUAUAAAUCACUGCUGCUGCUACUUCUGACAGUCUGUCAGAAACAGGAUCUGAAUGGUAUAUCCCAGUAAAUGCUCUCAGUGAUUCAUGGUCCCGUUUAUUUAUGUCUUCCUACUCUCAAUAAAGAGUAAAGACGUUCACCUUGUGCCAGGCUCAAUAAAUGAGGCCCGCGUCUCCUGUGUUGACCGUUGCUUCAGCAGUGUCACCCAUGCCGUGGUUGUGAUUGAUGACUUAUCCACAUGCACUGUCAGGUCAAUUGGUCAGAAUUAAAUGUGAAAGGUGACCUUCAAAGGGACAUCAUGUGAGCGUAGCACAACCCAAGCCCCACCCCCCCUCGCCCACCUCGAUCCCGAGCCUCCACACCAGACGAUAGCGUCUUCUGUGCCUCCUAUCUGGUGUCUCCUGGAGCAGGAGCACCAUGCAUAUUAAUGAAAUGUAUUCAUGUCACCAGAGGGCACUACUGUGCUUUAUUUUUGAUCAUCACUGCUUUCAGAGUCUAAAUGACAUUUUAAACCUUAAACCAGUUGUGAGAGGAAAUCUGAGCUGACAACUGCUCUGACGCAUGAACACUGAUUAAUUUGUGUAACUUUUGGAGGUCGAUAUGAUUAGAUUGCCCUCAUGAUCCUCUCUACUGUGUGGUGCCAGUAUUUCACUGCUUCCUGUUGACUCCUGUUAAUGCUAAGUGGUGAUCAGAUGACAAAUAGAUCUUUAAAAAAAUGAAAUAUUACACAUUAGGAUCUAAAAAUAGAGUGUAAUCGAUGUUUUACAGGAACGGAAUGCGCUUGUGUUUAACCAAAUGUCACGUUGGACGACUUCCCAAAAGAGUCGAUCAUUUGCUCAUGAGGCACUCAAGUACAAGCCAUCCUGCUGCCAUUGGAUUGCUUUGUGUAGUCGUGCAUCACAAGCCCCAAAAUGCCUAAAUGAAUGAAGAGAACUCAAUAACCGAUGUCCGCACACAAGUGAAUCCUGGCAGCUGUAGUAUUGGUCCUCCAGGCCCCAAAGGAGCAACUUCUUGCUGGUUUUCAACCCUCCACAGGCUCCCUGUAGAUUCUUCUCCUCCACCUCUUCCUCCCUGCUCUCCUCUCCCCCAAUCCACACUGGGCUCCAGACCUUUUUUCCUCCACCUGCCUCUCUCUUGGCCUGGAAAACUAGACCUGCCCCCUCACACACUCUACUGAUCUGUCUCACUCCCCUUUAGCCAUGUGGUUGCUCAAUCUAUUUUCCUGUGUGUGUUUGUGUGUUCGUGUCGGUCUUUCCUCACACUCUCUGGUCUUUUUCUCCUCUGCCUGCUGUUAUUCUCCCUCUUCUGUACCCUCUAUCUGCCAUGGGACCUCCGCUCCCUGCCUCUGUCUCUUAGUGGGGCAGUGUCAGGGGGUCAGAAGGGGGCAGCAACAGGGCAUGGGGAUGAUGGGGGGGGUCCUUAUCGCACUGACAGCGUGAAGAGCAUGGUGACAGAGGGAGCGAAGGCCG